GCGGUCGGCUGUCAUAUUUCUAUCCUACACGUUCUAUUUAUCAAGUUGUAUUUCGUAAUUUGCGAUUACUGGAGUGAGAGGAGGUGCUGUAUUCAAUCAUGAUUUAUUCUGCUUGGCUUAAGAAAUUACAGUCGUUUCUAAUAAUCGUGUUUACAUGGGUAAUAUCAGCUCAAACUGAUGUUCCGAGGCCUCGCGGUGUUUCUUUAUCGAAAGCGUCCUUAUAUUCACCGACAAAAGAUUUCACUUGUUUCGAUGGAACCAGUACCAUACCCUUCAGUUAUGUGAAUGAUGACUAUUGCGAUUGUUUCGAUGGCAGUGACGAGCCUGGCACAUCGGCUUGUAUAAACGGGGUUUUCCAUUGUACAAAUGCAGGACAUCGACCACAGAACAUUCCAAGUUCACAAGUAAACGAUGGAGUUUGUGACUGUUGUGAUGGUACAGAUGAGUAUGCCACCCCUGAAGUAUGCACCAACACCUGUGAAGAAUUAGGUAAGGAAGCUAGGGCUAAAGCUCAACAUUUAGCUGAUCUACAUAAAGCUGGGAACUUUAUAAGAUUAGAACUUAUUGAAAAAGGUAAUAAAAAACGUCAAGAAAUGGCUGAACAACUUUCCCAGUUGGAAAAGGAUAAAGCUGAGGCACAAAAAAUUAAAGAAGAAAAAGAGGCCCUGAAAAAUGAACUGGAAGCAAAGGAAAAUGAGGCCCUUCAAGUUUACAGAGAUGCUGAAGAAAAGGAAAGGCAAAAAAAAGAAGAAGAUGAGCGUCUGAAACUAGAAAAAGAAGCUAGUGAACAAUUUUCUAGAUUUGAUUCCAAUAAUGAUGGUGUAUUGACUGUAGAUGAAAUAAAAGUAGGAAAUAUAUUUGAUAAAAAUAAGGAUGGAGAAGUAGAUGCCGAAGAGCUUCAAUAUUUUCUAGGAGAUAAAGAAAGUGUGAAUAAAGAGGAGUUUAUGUCAAUAACUUGGCCACUGCUAAAACCAUUGUUAAUGAUGGAACAAGGUAUGUUCCGUCCAGCUGAAGCAGAAGCUGCAGAAGAAGCAGAAGAUGAAGAGGCAGAAGAUGUGCCCAGAGUUGAGGAUAUGGAUAUUACUGGUUCUGAAGAUGAUAAUCUUGAUGGUGAUCUAUCACAUGACGAUGCUGAAGACCAUGAUACAGAACCAGAUAACUCAAAAUCAUAUGAUGAUGAAACUCAAAAGCUAAUUGAUGAGGCUACAGAAGCCCGUCGUCAAUUUAUGGAUGCAGAACGUGCUAUGAGAGAAAUUGAAUCUAACAUCAGAAACUUUCAACAAAAUUUAGAAAAAGACUAUGGUUUACAACAAGAGUAUGCAACACUUGAUGGCCAAUGUCUAGAAUAUGAGGAUAAAGAAUAUAUUUAUAAACUAUGUCUGUUCCAGAAAGUGACACAGAAAUCUAAGAAUGGAGGUAUGGAAGUUGGCCUCGGUGAUUGGGGAGAAUGGGCAGGAGAAGAAGGAAAUAAAUAUUCAGUAAUGAAGUAUACAAAUGGAGUGGCCUGCUGGAACGGACCAAAUAGAAUCACUAUGGUUAAUAUUCACUGUGGCCUAGAAACUAAACUGACUUCAGUGACAGAACCAUAUCGGUGUGAAUACAAAAUUGAUUUUAUUACACCAGCUGCAUGCGAUGAUUCUAAUUAUAUGCAACAACAGACAUCACAUGAUGAGCUGUAGUAGAUAUUAGAAAUGUUAACUCUACAUGUGAUGUGUGUUGAAAUUUUAGGAUAGAUUUAUUCUUUUCAGUCACUUUUGUCACAAUAAGUUUAAAUGAAAAGAAGUCUGGUCAGCUUCCAUUUGUUUAUAUAUUCUAGUUUUCUUUAUACUAGAUAGCAAAUGUGAGACUAUCAAUACUUUUAUUUUAAUGAGGCAUUUAUAUAAUAUAAAUUUACUUUCACAGUAGCAUUUAUCAUAUUUUUCAUUUAUGAUUAUUAAUAUUAUGUUUAAAUUAACAUUUUAUUUGGACUUAAGACUGACCUGGCUAACAUAUAUUUAUAUCUUAUCACAUUCCUCAAAUGUAAGUCUGUCUACGCUGGUGGUAUAAUAGUAGAAAAAAUAAAAUCAUGUGAACAAAACAUUGUAAAUGAUUAAUAAAAUAUUUGU